AUGGAGUGCCAGUUGGAAAAGAAGAGUCUCAAUAGCAACACUGCCUCCCUUGACCAUCGCCAAGAACCUUUGAUUAAGCGUAACAAAGGCCCUAGAAUAGGAGACUUACUUAAAAAGAGAAAAUUAAGGUUACUUAGAAAAGAAGAAAAAACUAAAAUAAAAGCUGAUGAACUUGUUUUAAAGUCUGUAGUGGAUUAGCAAAUUGAGCAAAUAAGUAAUGAAGAGGAGGAAGAAGAUGAAUUUGAUAGAGAAUUACAUACAAAGGAAGAAUGCAAUUUGCAUCAAGAAAAAAUCAAGAAAAUAUAAAAUCUAAAAGAGAAAGCAAAUAAAUGUUUUUCAUUCGAAAUGUAUUAAGAAUAGUACGACUUAAAAUAUGCAUGCAAAAACAAAUCAUAUCAAUCUUACUGCCAUAAAAACGUUAAAACUUAGAAUUUAAAUGAUCAGAACGAAGAUUCUUAGAAGCCCUUCAAAAAAAUAAAAUUUUUUGAUUCCUAUGCGAAAAAGAAAAUAGAAAAAUCUGACUCAAAAUAAAAAAAUAUAUAUGAAAUGUGCCACUCUUUAGUCAAAGAGUAUUUGGUUGAAGGUGGAGAAGAAGAAGAAGAUUCAAAAUUUUAGGUAAGUAAUAACUCCGAAGAAAGCGAUCAUAGUAAUAUGGAUUAAGAGGUUUACUAGAAAAUAAUAGAAGAUCAGUAUCAAUAAUUUGAAGACGCCACCAAAAGAAAAAAGAAAAUAAAAAGGGUUUUGACUUACUAAGAAAAGCAUAAUGAACUAGUCAAGGCUGCUAGCAAAUAUUAACAAAUAAAAUUUCCAAAUUAGAAAAAAGGAUUUAAAAAGGGUUCUUUUUAGUUUGUUUCUAAAUAAGUUUUUUUAUAGCAAUAACAAUAAUAAGAUAAUACAACAAUGCCAAUUCACAAUUCUUAAAUAAAUGUUGGAAAUAACUUCACAAUUCACUCUAAUAUAUAAACGUUAAACCCUUAGUUAUAGCAAUUUCAAUAGUAAAAUUAGUAAUAGCAAAAUUAAUAGAAUCACAAUACACAAUAUCAACCACACUACUAAUAGCAAGAUAUCAUUAUGCAUGAUUAAGGUCCAGAGUAUUUACUUAAAAAAGUGAGACUUUUGGAAGGUUGCAAUAAAUAUCUUGAUAAAAUUUCAUGGGAAGCUCCUGAGGAAGAGUUAGAUAAGGUAAAUUUAAAAGAUUUACAAAAAUAUAUAUUUUACAAAAUUUUUUUAUUUUUCAAUUUUCAGUAAAACUCCAAACAAAAUCAAAGUCAAAUAUUUAGUUCAUUUUUAUUUUGUGUGUAAAUUUUGCAACAUAAUUUAAAGUUUAUUGAUGAAUUUAUUAUAAAAUUCCAUAUAUUUGAGUAUAAAAUUUAACAAUAUCUAAUGAAAAACAAAUGCAAUUCAGAUAGUGCUAAGAAAUUUAUUUCAAUUAUUAUCUAAUAAGAUAAUUAUCGACUAUUCUUUUAAAUAAAUAAAGUAAGUAGCAUUUGUAAAAAAAAUCAAUUAGACUUAUAUUAAUUUAAGUAGUAUAAAAUAUCUCAUCUGUAAUAAUCCUCAUGA